AUGAAUGAUGAUAAGAAUCGAAUUCUUUCUUUCUUUCUUUCUUUCUUUCUUUCUUUCUUUCUAAAUAUUUCGUUUUUCGUUAGCGCUUUCUUCUUCUCUCUAGAUGUUUUCUCUCUUUCUUUCUUUCUUUCUUUCUUUCUUUCUUUCUUUCUUUCUAAAUACUUCGUUUUUCUCACUUCUUUUUUCUUGAACAUAUUUUCAUGCAACCCUUGUCAUGUAUCAUUCUUUUUUCAUACAUUUUUUGUCUUUUCUUUUUUUUUCUUUUUUUUUUUUUUCUUUCUCACUGACAUUUCUUUCUUUGACCCUCUUUAUUUAUUGACAUUUUUAUCCUCCUGUUCUUCUCGUUUUCUUUAUUUUAUCUAUAGACAGUACUCUCUGUUUUUUUUGUCAAUAUUUUCUUCUUCUCUUUCUUUCUUAGUGUCUUUCUUUUUUUAUUUUCCUUUUUCGUUUAAUCUACUAUUUUUAUGGUUUUCAUUAUACCAUCCUUUCUUCAUUUUUCGUUCUUUCUUUCUUUCUUUCUUCAUUCCGUCUUUUACAUUUUUCUUUCUUUCUUUUUUUUCCUUUCUUUCUUUCGUUCUUCAUUCCGACUUUUCCUUUCUUUCUUUUUUCUUUCUUUUAUCUUUUGCUUUUUUUCUAUUUCUUUCUUUCUUUCUUCAUUCUGUCUUUUCGUUUCUUUCCUUUUUUCUUUCUUUCCUUCUUUCUUUCUUAAUUCCGUCUUUUCCUUUCUCUCUUUCUUUCUUUCAUCAUUUCCUCUUUUCUUUUUCUAUUUCUUUUUAUUUUUUCCCUCUUUCUUCCUUUCUUUCUCUUUUCUUUGUUUGUUUGUUUCUUUCUUUCUUUCUUUCUAUCGUCUUUUCCUUUCCCUGUCUCUCUUUCUUUCUUUCUUUCUAUCCUCUUUUUAUUUCUCUUUUUCUUUCUUUCUUUCUUCAUUCCGUCUUUUUCUUGCUUUCUAUUUAUUUCUUUUUCUUUCUUUCUUUCUUUCUUUCUUUUUUAACUUUUUUUUCUCCUUUUUUUAAUAUAUUCUUUCUUUCUUCUGUUUUUUGUUGUUGUUUUUUUUUUAUCUUUCUUUCUUUUGAUAUUCUUUCUUUCUUUUUCUUUCUUUACUAUAUAUUUCUUUCUUUUCUUUUUCUCUGUUUUCUUUUCAUUCUUUUUUCAUUUUUCUUUCUUUUUUCUUUCUUUUCCUUUCUUUCUUUUUUUAUUUAUUUAUUCCAUUUUUCUUUUUCUCUUUCUUUUAUUAUUUAUUUUCGCAUCUUACCACGUCUAUUUCUUUUGGUUUUAAAAUUUUCAUUCUUUUAUUGUUUCUUUCUUUUUUAUUUAAUUUUCAUUCCUUAUCCCUCUCCUCCAUUUAUUCAUUUUUCUCUUUUUCUUUAUAAUUUCUUUUCUUUCCUUCCUUCCUUUCUUUCGUUUUCUUUCUUUAAUUAUUUAAAUUUCCUCUUUCUUUUUCAUUCAUUUUUCUUUCAUAACAUUUUUUUUUCUUUUCUUCUUUUUCUCUACUUCUUUCGCAUGUCUCUUUUUUUAAUAAAUGUUUGUCUUUCUUUCGUUAACUGCCCUGGUUUCAGGCCUAUCGUUCUUUCCCAGGAAAGUGCAUUGCUUUUUUAA